AAGGUUUGCUCUGCAGCCUGCAGACUUUAGCCUAAACACGAGCUGUUAAAAGAUCUGACUUUAUUUGUACAUGUCUUGGGGCUCUGCGAUCCUGCCACGUGGGGUUUUUCGAGGGUUCAGAGACCACUUAGGAUAGGAGGGAGAGUGGGGGCUAAUAAGGGAGGGGGAAAACUAGUCAUCUUGAUGUGCAGGGGGAGAAUAACUUAAAGGACUUGAACAACAAACAGGAAAUGCCUGGCUCUGCCCCUGUUACUGCUGCAAAUGCAGACAGGGAACAGAAGCAGCAGGCGCAGCUUCCACAGCAACACUCUGAAACUGGUGUUGCUCUGAACUACAGAACCCCUGUUGCUGCUCCAGUUUAUAUUUGUCCUGCCUGGGAUCCUUCUCCAUUGACGUUAUGGGCUCCUAUUCUCUCAUUUCCAACAGCAGUAGCAGCCCAGAUGUUGCUGUCCUAUGCCUGAUAUUGGCAGUCCUGCUGCAUCUCACAGUAUCCUUCAAUGUUGAUGUGAAAGAUACGAUGACCUUCAGUGGUCCAGUGGAAGAUAUGUUUGGAUACACCGUUCAGCAGUUUGAAAAUGAGGAAGGGAAAUGGGUGCUUAUUGGAUCUCCAUUAGCUGGUCAGCCCGAAAAGAAAACAGGAGAUGUUUACAAAUGCCCUGUAGGACAAAGCAGUGGCUCACUUUGUGUAAAACUGAACUUGCCAGUGAACACAUCUGUUCCUCAAGUUGCAGAACUAAAGGAGAACAUGACACUAGGAUCAACUUUAGUAACCAACCCAAAAGGAGGUUUUUUGGCAUGUGGGCCUCUUUAUGCUUACAAAUGCGGGCGUCUGCAUUACACAACUGGCAUCUGUUCCAACGUUAGCUCCAGUUUCGAGGUUGUCAACUCCAUUGCCCCAUCUGUUCAAGAAUGUAAGACCCAGCUGGACAUUGUCAUAGUUCUUGAUGGCUCCAACAGCAUUUACCCCUGGGAGAGCGUCACCGAUUUCUUGAACAGUCUGCUUCAAAAUAUGGAUAUAAGUCCACAAGAGACACAGGUUGGGAUUGUUCAGUAUGGAGAAAAUGUAACCCAUGAAUUUAACCUCAACACAUACAAAACUACGGAAGAAGUACUUGUUGCAGCAAAGAAAAUUGGUCAGAGAGGGGGGCGCCAAACUAUGACUGCUCUUGGCAUCGAUACAGCAAGAAAGGAAGCUUUUACAGAAGCUCGUGGCGCACGCCGAGGAGUACAAAAAGUAAUGGUUGUUGUGACGGACGGAGAAUCCCAUGACAAUUAUCGGUUAGAAAAAGUGAUUAAGGAUUGUGAAGAAGAAAAUAUACAGAGGUUUUCUAUUGCUAUCCUUGGUCACUACAAUAGAGGAAAUCUCAGCACUGAGAAACUUGUUGAAGAAAUCAAAUCAAUUGCAAGUGAACCAACUGAAAAGCAUUUCUUUAAUGUCUCGGAUGAAUUAGCUCUCCUUACUAUUGUAGAAGCUCUUGGAGAGAGGAUAUUUGCCUUGGAAGCUACAAAAGACCAGCUGGCAGCCUCUUUUGAAAUGGAAAUGUCUCAGGCUGGGUUCAGUGCCCAUUACUCCCAGGACUGGAUCAUGCUUGGAGCAGUUGGAGCCUAUGACUGGAAUGGAACAGUGGUAAUGCUAAAGGACAGCGGUUUUUUAAUCCCAAGGAAUGACACAUUUUAUGAUGCAUCUUCAGAAAGAAAUGAACCUCUUGCAGCUUACUUAGGUUACACAGUAAAUUCAGCCACUGUACCAGGAGAUGUGCUAUACAUUGCUGGACAACCUAGGUAUAAUCACACAGGUCACGUUAUCAUAUAUAGAAUGAGAGGGGCAGAUAUAGAAAUACUUCAGCGAUUAACUGGAGAGCAGAUUGGAUCCUAUUUUGGGAGUGUCAUUACAACGAUUGACAUUGACAAAGAUAUGUAUACUGAUAUUCUACUGGUGGGAGCACCUAUGUACAUGGGGACCGAAAAAGAAGAACAAGGCAAGGUGUAUGUUUAUUCUUUAAACAAGAAAAUAUUUGAAUAUCAGAUGACACUUGAGCCAGUAAAGCAGACAUGCUGUUCACAACUGAAGCACCAUGACUGCACAAAUCACAACAAGAAUGAGCCAUGUGGAGCUCGCUUUGGGACAUCCAUUGCUCCAGUAAAGGAUCUCAACCUGGAUGGGUUUAAUGAUAUUGUCAUAGGGGCUCCUCUAGAAGAUGAUCACCGGGGAGCUGUGUACAUCUAUCAUGGCAGUGGAAGCACUAUAAAGAAAGAUUAUGCUCAGCGCAUUGCAUCAGGUGGAGAUGGCGAAAAGAUGAAAUUUUUUGGCCAGUCUAUACAUGGUGAAAUGGAUUUGAAUGGAGAUGGACUGACAGAUGUCACCAUUGGAGGUCUUGGAGGAGCAGCCCUCUUCUGGUCUCGAGAUGUUGCAGAAGUAAAUGUAUCCAUGAAAUUCACACCCAGCAAAAUUAAUAUCCAGAAAAUAAGCAGUGGCAUGCAAGAACAAAGGGUGUCCAUCAAUGCCACAAUUUGUUUUGAAGUCAGAUUAAAAUCAACAGAGGUUACAAUUAAUGAAACAAGUAUCCAGUACUGGCUUACACUCGAUGUAGCAAGAAAGUUGUCCCGAAGUCUUUUCACAGAAACAUCUGAACGGAAGAUGCAAAAAAAUAUCACAGUCAAAGGUUUAGAAUGUAUUAAGCAUAACUUCUACAUGUUGGACAAACCUGAUUUCCGUGAUUCAAUCAAGGUUCUGUUGGAGUUUAAUUUUUCUGAUCCAGAGAGUGGACCUAUUCUUGAUAGUGCACUCCCCAACUCAGUGCAUGAAUAUAUUCCUUUCACGAAAGACUGUGGAAAUAAGAAGAAAUGUAUUACUGAUCUACAGCUGAUAGCCAAUGCCACUAUAGAAGGAAACAGUUUAUCUCCAUUCAUUAUUAAGUUGAACAGUCUCAAGUUCCGGGUGCAAAUGUUGGUUAAGAAUAAAAAGGACAGUGCUUACAAUACAAGAGUUCUUGUCCAGUAUUCUCCCAAUAUUAUUUUUGCUGGGAUUGAGAAAAUACCAAAAGACAGUUGUGAAUCUGGGCAAAAUAUCACCUGUAAAAUAGGCUACCCCUUCCUGUCAACUGGAGAGGAGAUUUUCUUCGAAAUAGCAUUCCAGUUCAAUACGUCCCACCUUCUGGAAAAUACUACAAUCCAGUUUUCUGUAACAAGUGACAGCGACGAACAUGAUGAGACCCUUGGAGAUAACAAAGGAAGUAUUGUAAUACCUGUAAAAUAUGAAAGUGGAUUAAUUUUUAAAAGAGAUCCUGUUUCAUAUCACAUCAUUAUUGCCGCAAAUGAAACCAUUCCUAAAGUGUUCAAUUCUACUGAGAACAUUGGAGAUGAAAUUAACUUAAACUAUUUGAUCGAAAAAGGUGAAUAUUUUCCCAUGCCGCAGCUUACACUGCAAAUCUCAUUUCCUUACAUGAUUUCAGCUGAAAACCCUGCCCUUUAUUUAACUAGAAUAUCAUCAUCGGAGAAUGCAAAAUGCCGUAGCAGCCAUCCCACAGAUAUGUUAAAAAUGGAUGUUCCUGGAAAUUCAUUUGUGCCAUCUGAAAUACUAAAGCCCCUAAAGGAUUCACACAUAAACUGUGAUUCCUAUGACUGUGCAUCUAUUAACUGUACUAUAGACCCGUCCAAUGUAACUCAUGUGAACAUUUCACUCCGACUCUGGAAAGCUACAUUUAUAAAGGCAAGGGUUCACACUGUAGGGCUCAUCGCAAGAGCAUUACUUAGAAGUGAAAACUCAUCACUCAUCUUGAGAAAAGAAAAUGAAAAAACAGAGACUACUAUUCAGAUUUCAAGAGAGUUUCCUCCUGGCCGUGUACCAUUGUGGGUUAUUCUGCUCAGCGUAUUUGCUGGCCUUUUGAUUCUCACACUACUCAUAUUUGCAUUGUGGAAGACUGGAUUUUUCAACAGGCCAUUAAGGAAGAAAAUGGAAAAAUGAGAAGAGAAUUCCUUAAAAGAAACCUACAAUGAUCAGUUCUCAGGUCUUCCUCACAAUGUGACUGUACACACUCCCUUUGUGUAAUCUAGGUGUUCACUCUGUUUUUCCCCAUCAUUCUAAAAUAUCUAAUACUUCUUUAAAGACAUGAAACCUGAUAAAUCAAAACAGAAAUGGAUUGUUCAAGGAGGAAAUAGAUUUAUAUUUUUUAUUUUUAUGUUUGACACAGGCAGGAUUGAAAGAUCCAUGCAGCUAGUUCCUUCCACCAAAGGUUUUCAAUGUGGACUAAAAAAAACUGGUUUUUUUUUUUAAAGCAAGGUGCAUUUUAAGUAUGGUUUAUAAUGCUGCCAAACUGGGGUUGAGGGUGCUCUACUGACUGUGGAAAAAGAGAUCAAAAACCACACUGGUUAACUGCAGUUGACUGGACCUGUUUUUAGAUCCCAGCCAAGAAUGUCAACAUUGUGGUCUGCUUCUUGGACAGGACUUUAAGGCUGCCACUGCAAGGAUAUUAAUAUUUAUGUUUUAUUGAUGACAUGAGGUGAUUCCAAAAUAAGAGACUUGGGAGUCAGCCUCUGAUACCAGCAUGGGGAAAAAUUAUGAACAUACUUCAUCACUGAAAAACAGGGUUGGAAUCAUGAAGUUAACUUGUAGAGAAACCCAUACUCCAAGCAACACUGGAUCUUUCCUUUGUAUAACUUCCUGUUUUCAAAAAGGAAACAUUUAAAGCAUGGUACUUCCUUAACCUGCCAAUUCCAAAUCUCAGAGAUGCUGUUAUUGUGACUAAAGAUGUGCUUUGGUGGAAAACCGCCUUGAGAAUAUAUCAGAUUCCCUAUGAAAUUAGAUAGAGACAAUAUUUGCUAAGCUUCACACUGAACAUAGCUAACUUUAGCAGCUGUUUUCACUGAAUGCAGCAGGGAAAGAACUGAGCUCAGUGAUAAUAUGCUUUGGAUGCAGAAGAUUACAAGUUCAGCCUCCAGCACUGCUAGCUAGGGCUGAGAAAUUACCCAAUCAGAAGCCAUGGAAAUCUGCUGCCGGUCAGUGAAGACAAUACUGAACUUGAUGGAGUAAUGAUUGGAUCCUAUUUAUGGCAGUUUCUUCUUGUGUUUUUCUUCCUACAUGCAAUUAUAUAGAUAAAGGCUACAUAAAAAAAACAGAAUUCAGCUGAUGUUAGAAUGACAUAGAACUAGCUCAGACAUAAUGGCAGAUUACAGUUUCCCUCUGUACAAAGCAAAGUUUGCUAUGUGAACAACUCAUGGGCUAAUGUCGUCCCCUUCUCUUCUUGUCUUCUUUUUCCAAAGGAAAUUGGUCAGAAGUUUCUGCUGUUAAAUAAACCACAGUUCCUUGUGGUGUGUACAUUCAUGGAAUUGUGGUUUGUUUAAAUUAUGAUCUAAGAAGAAACUUGUUUAAGACCCUGACUUGUUCUUAACACAUACCUUAAGGAACUCACAGUUCCUUGAGUUUCAAUGUUGUGAGACACUGUGGUUACAUAUAAUGGGAAGUGAAUCUUCCAGUCUCCUCCAUAUGGAAGUGAACAUGGGAAGAGUCUGGGAAACACACAAUCGCAAGGCUAGCUGUAGAUCAUUCACAAAGCAAGAACUGAUGCAUUUUGUAUAUACAGUGGUGCCUCGCUUAACGAGCGCCUCGGUUAACAACGAAUCUGCAUAGUGACA